AUGGUGAAGCCUGAGCGCUCGGGCGUCAAGGCCGAAGCUGCGGGCUGCCCAGCAAGGAGCGUGAAGGCGGAGGCGGCAAAGGCGGAGCACAAAGUCAAGGUGGAGGCGGGCGUCAAGAAGCAGGAGCCGGUUGUCAAGAAGCAGGAGCCGGUUGUCAAGAAGCAGGAGUCGCCCGUGAAGCGCGAGGCCAAGGUGGCCGUGGAUGGGCUGGUGGCGCGGGGCAUGGCGCUCCGCGCCAAGGCGGAGCAGUCGCGCAAGGUGAAGAAGGAGGGCAGGGCGAAAGCGAAGCGGAAACCGGCGAAGCGGAAGGCCACCGCGAAGCGGCGGAACGCCAGCCGCGAGGCAAUGAAUCGCCCGGUGGCUUUGUCCGAAGACCUGGCGUCGAUGCUGGGGGACGCUGCGCUGUCACGGCCAGAGACAGUCAGGAGGAUAUGGGCAUACUCGAAGGACCGGAAUUUGUUGAACCCCUCCAACAAGCGCGAGAUCCUCUGCGACACGCAGCUGAAGCAAAUUCUGGGCGCAGAGCGAGCAUGCUUGACAGACUUGCAGAAGCUUCUCAUGCCUCACUUUGACUAUUCUAGUCCAGUUCCACAAUCAGCGACCGCUGUGAAGAAAGAUGGCAACCAAAAGGUCAAGAAGGCUGAGGUGCCAAAAGCAGAGGUCAAGCGGAAGCUGGAAGAGCUAGAGAUAGAGAAGCAGGAGAUGAAGGAGGAGAAGAAGGUGAAGGUGAAGCAGAAGGAGGAGGCCGCCCCGGUGAAGCGGGAGACGGCUCCGUCCGAGGCCUUGGCCGCCAGCGCAGAGACCGCCUCCCGCGAGAUCUCCGCGCGGCUCACGGGGCUGUGGCCCAACGCCUUGACGAUGGAGUUCUCCUCCAAGGCGAUCUACCCGCAGAACUUGGAGUUUCGCCUGGUGGCGUGCCCCAGCGAGGCCUCGGGGUCGGCCGCUGCGCCCGUGGGCUCCGCGUCGGCCUCGGUGGGCUCGGCGUGCGCCGUGAGCUCCGUGGAGGGCGACCAGGGCUUCGAGUCCCGGGGCUGCGGGCGGCUGGAGGGCCUGGCGCCCGACAAGGACUACUCGGCCUUUGUGGAGGUCGCCUGCGGCGGCGCCGCCUUCCGCUCCGCGAGCCUCCGGGUGCCGCAGCGGCAGGCACCCACGAAGUGGUCGGCCCACGAGGUGCAGCUCUGGGCGGCGGCGGUGCAGGUGCCUGAGUUUGCGAGAAAGCUGGCUGAGUACUGCGUUGACGGGGCGACCCUCUUGACCUUUGAAGAGGCGGACCUGCGGGGCCUGGGCCUCUCUGCGCCCUUUUUGGUGCGGCGGGUGCUGGCCGCCAUCCAGGCUUGUGAUGGGAACACCGUCCUUGUGGAGCCUCUGGGGGCCUCUGCAGCGGAGCGGCUGCUGUGCCACAGGGCGAGCCAUGCUGGAAAUCUCUGCACGCAGGACUUCGCAGCAGAGUUUCGAUUGCAAUGGCGGCAGCUCGAGGAAAGCGAGGAGGGAAGCAGCAAGGACUUCCAGGACAUCGAUUUCCAGGUGCAGGGGCGCUCCUUGGCGCUGGUGCUGCCUGUCCAAGGGCUGGUCCAGCUGCGCGCCGUGCAGAGGGCUUUCCCUGACAACAUAGCCGCAUGGAACGACUGGACGAGGACGGCGCGCAAGGAACCAGCUUGGCUUUCGCGGUGCUCGGCUCCCUUCCUGGUGCACGUGCCUCCACUGGAGCCGCCGGCGGUAAGCUUGGAGGUCUCGGAGCCGGACGGCGCCUCGCUCGUGGCUUGCCUCGUCCUGGCAUUUCCCAGCUGCAUUGGCUCCUGGCUGGAGGAGGGCCUCCACUGGCAGUAUUGCUGGUGCAACACCUACAGUGAGGAUUGGCAGUACAGCGGUUGGUUCGAAGCGGUGCUUGAGGACAAUCUCACGCUUCGACCGCCACCCUUAAGGGAGGAUUGGCGGUGUACAUCCUUGAAGUUUGCUGUGCGCUACCGUGUUGGUGUGACCUUAAGCACCUGGAGCGGGGAGUUCAGAGCCAGCUUUCCUGUCCAGGAGCAAGUGCGAAUCAGCGUGACUCCCUCCCGAGCGAUGCUGUUCACCGAGGCGGCGCUGGCAGUGGACGCUGUUGCCGUGAUGAGUGGGGCUGUGCGAAAGGUGCAGUGCCGCGUGGAGAUCAGCCAGGCUGGCGAAGCAUGGCAAACGGUGGUGGUGGAGCAGUUGUCUGAGGCAAAGUUCUCCUGCCAGCUGAGAUACCUGCAGCCUGGGGAGUGCUACAAGGUGCGAGUGUCCACCCGUCGCCUGGGCAUCGAUGCAGAGUGGCGGGAGAACCUGGAGGAGUUCAGGCAGCCCCUGAGCGGGGCGGAGCAGGGGGUGCCUCCAAUCAAAGCAGUGCCUGAUGAGAUGCUGGUGGGGGAGAUUCCCAGCUUGGAGCCGCAAGAGCCAACUUAUAGCUGGUACUCCUUCUGGCUCCCACCCAUGAUGGCAUCCUGGGUUGCUGAGUGCUUCAGUGCAGAAUGGAGGAAUGAGGAGGCGGGCAGUUGGCAGCUGGCCUCUUCUUCAAAAGCUAAGCUCCGACAUGGGCUUCACAAGGAUGCAAAGUUUGCAGACGGCUCUGGCCUUCGGGUUUUGCUGCCAGACAUGGCCGCGCGGGUGCUGGUGCGGAUACGCCACGUGUGUGGUCCGGUCAGCGCGUCUGUGGCGGUGGUGCCCCAAUUUUUGCCCCCGGAGAUGCUGUCUGCAAGGCUCCUCGUCCAGGACGCUGGCCUGGCCAUCCAGCUGAUGGCUAGAAGCUGCUCCUCAGAACAAUGUCACGCUGCAGUCCUCCAAUUCAAGGUCAGGGCCGAGAGCAGCAAGGGAAGCAGAGAGGCGCAGAAAAUGCUUCAGGAGCGGAGUAUUGUUGGAAAGGCGGCAAGCAUCGAAGACCAGCAGUUCAUUGUUGACAUUGAGGAGCUCGGGAUGCUCAGUGACCAAGAGCAGGUGGCUUUUUGUGCUCGGAUCGGAGACAGCUGCCGCAAAUCCGACUGGUCUUCAGAGCAGCAACUGAAGCUGCGCGUGCCUGCGCCGCGCGCUCGCGGGGCCCUGACCGUGUGCCAGCUGGGCCCGGGCGUGGCGGAGGUGCUUUGGCCACUCUUUGAGCCUGCCGCAGGCCUCAAGGAUGUGCACUACGAGGUGACUGCCACCUGCUCGUGCUUUCCUGAGGAGCGCCAGCAGCUCACGAUUCCCGCAGGCGGCCCAGGCCACGCGGUGCUGUCCGGGCUAGUGGCGGAUACGGACUAUGUGGUGAAGGUUCGUGGCCGGUACCCGUGGCUGGGCCGAUUCCAGGAUGAGGGUGGAAGCAACAUCGCGCUCAAGGCCCACUUCCGCACCCUCGGUGUGGAUACGGAGGAUUGUGAGCCGCCACUAGCAGUAAGACAAGUUGCGCCUCCAGCUGAUCACGGGGGCGUUGACCUCCGUUCGCCAUGGAGUUCCGAGUUUUGGCUGGAGGUGGACCCCCGUGCCCUGGGCGAAACUGCCACCCACCGAGUGGAGUGGCGCCCUGCCAUCCUCCGCGGCCUUGACCGCCAAGGCGGUUGGCGGACGGCGGCGGUGCGCAGCCAGGGCAAGUGCGGCAAGGCGGCGCUUUGCACCUGGGACUUGGAGGACUUGAAGGACUUGGAGGACUUGGAGGUCGAAAGCGGCCUCGCCCAGGUGGAAGCUGUGGAGUUCAGAUGCCGGAGGCUGCAGUGCGAGGACUCGGAUGGACUCCUCUCCAGCAGAACCUGGGUGUCCCGAAGCUCGGGGCCCUUCGCCACGGGUUUCGCUGCGCCGGAGAAGCCGAAGGCCCUCCUGGCAGGGCGCCUGGAGCUGGUGCUGAGCUUUGCCCUCCGUACGGAAUUGCUGCCAAAAAGCGCGGGCUCUGGCGUGGGCGCCUUGGAGCCGGAGCCAGAGUCGAGAUCGCCGGGGCAUGGGCACCGACUGGCCACGCGCAUGCAGCUGUGCUGCCGGCAAGCUGGCGACGCGCACGAACAGGACGAUGUGCAGGAAUUCCCGGCGCGGGUGCUGCCGGAAGCGGAGGGAUCCAACGGCUGGCGGCUUUGUACUGUGACGAUCCCGGUGAGGCAGCCGCAGUUUCGCGAGGGCCAGCGUCAGCUCUUCGCUGUGCGAGUUGGAGAUUCCUGCAGAUGGUCUGCUUGGAGCGGCUUCAGCAAGCCAGUGCAUAUGACGGCUCCGGCGCUGCAGCCUCCCCAAGCCAGCCUCACUGUGACGCCGCUGCCGCCGGCCCGGGUGCGCCUGCAGUGGCCCUGUUUCUGGACCGACUUUGGGGAUGCGGUGGAGUACUUUCUGAGCCUGGCCCAAGUGGGGCCAGCGGGUCGAGAGGUGAAAGCCAGUUCUCAAUUGAUAGCGCUGGUGGGAGAGACCGAUGCCAGCUCAGGCAACGUGAUGGAGGUGGAGGUGGGCCACAUGGACGCCGGCACUCCGCUGCAGUUCAAGGUCUUGGCCAGGGCUCAGUGCCAUUUGCUGGGCGCCCCACAGUUUGCCGAGGUGGCGCGGAGCGAGGUGAUGUGGCCGCCCACGCCGGGCCCGCUGAGCGACUUGGCGCCCGAGAGCUGGGACCUGCCAGCGCCGAAGGUGCUGCCGGUGCCCGAGGACCUGGAGGCCGGCGGCGGCCGCUGGCGCGGGCGAGCCGCGUUGCUGAGCUGGCCUUGGGGGGUGGAAAUUUCCGAAGAUCCGCCCUUGGAGCUGCAGGCCUGCAACGUGUUGGGCGACGUGUGCCACGCCUAUGCCUGGACGGCCGUCACCUGGUCCCUGAUUUACUUGAACGCGCGGCCCUGCGUGGCGGCCUCGCCUCUGCCUUUCGCGCGCUGCCGCUUUCGGUGGUACUCGGUGGACCGCCGCAUCGCGGGGCCCUGCAGCGAGCCGUGCCUCACCUACGUGGACACGCCCACGGAGGUGGCCGGCGAGGUCUUCUGCACCGUCGCAGCCGUACGGGUGCGCGCCAGCUUCGUGCCCAGCGACGCCGUCCAGAACGGCGAGCUGUUGUUUGGUCAGGUGCGCUGCGGGCGCACCGCUCGUCGGAAUGAGGAUGGAGAAGAGAUAUGGAGCCCAGUGGAGAAGUGGCAUGUCUUGGAUCAAAAGUACCUGACGGUGUCCACGGAGACAGAAUCCCUGUGCCACAGCGUCUUUGGCGAAGAGGAGGGCUUGGAGCUCGGGGCUUACUACGUGCUCAGCGUGCGAGUGGGGGAUGGCCGGCGCUUUUCCUCGUGGUCAGCGGCUUCCCCUCCCGUCCUGUUUGAUGUUCCAGAAGCUGAUAAUCCGGUGCCCUCAGCGUCGGAGCCACACAUGGGCAAGCUGCUGGUGGAGGCGCUGGAUGGGCGCUCCGCGCGUUGCUGGUGGCCGCUGGUGCAGGCGCCGGAGAUGCCCAUCGGCGGCUCUGCCAGGGGGAGGCCAACCUUGGAGUACCGCUUGGACGUGUCUCGCUGCCUACCGGGAGGCGGCAUGGAGAGGCACUGCACCGUGCUUCUGGCGGACGAGGAGCGCGAGGACUUGGAUAUGUACGGGGCCGCUAGCUUGGCUCCAUGCGAGGCCAGGGUGAAUGGCCUGCAGCCGGGUGGUCAAUAUUUCGCCUCCUUGGCGGUACGCUUCGCCCUGCUGGGCCGAAGAGAAUGGCGGAGAACCGGCAUCACCGCGACCUUCCAGACCGUGUAG